GGGGCGAGGUGACGUCUCCAGUGUUCCUUCCUCCGUGAACUGCAGGCCGGGGACCGGUGGAGGUUCUUGGGACGGGGAGCAGUGACGAUUGCUAGGCGGAGACGGCUCGAUGAAGAAAGAGCUAGGAAAGGACCAGGACUGGCUGGAGAUAGAUAACUGAAAGGAACCUUACUGCAACCAAACCAGAUGCCUUCUUUCACUUCACCAGACCAAGGAGAUGACCUGGAGGCCUGUGUUUUAAGAUUUUCAGACCUAGAUUUAAAAGACACAAGCUUUAUCAAUCCCAGUAGCGGUCUCAAAGCAGAGUUAGAUGUCAGUACAAAGAAGAAAUACUCGUUUGCCAAGAAAAAGGCAUUUGCCCUUUUCGUCAAAACCAAAGAAGUUCCAGCACGUCCUUUUGAAUGUAAAGAAAAAUGGUGGAAAUGCUGUCAACAGCUCUUCAGAGACCGGAUUAGCAUCCACAGACAUGUGGCAACACAACAUGCUGAUGAGAUUUGCCACCAGACUGCUUCUCUGUUAAAGCAGCUGGCUGUGACACCGAACACCUCUAAGGGCCUUAAGUUUGAAGACAGCAGGAACCCUCUAAAAGAGUACUUUACCUGUAAUCAUGAAGUGUCUGCUUGGCUCCCUGAUAUAAGCUGCUUUAGCCCUGAUGAGCUGAUAAGCAGCCAGGGCAGUGAUGGAGGAGAGGUGCUACUUUAUUACUGCUACCGUGACCUGGAGGACCCCCACUGGGUGUGUGCCUGGCAGACAGCUCUGUGUCAACACCUGUCCCUCACGGGCAAGGUUCGAAUUGCUACAGAAGGAAUCAAUGGGACAGUUGGUGGAAGCAAAUUGGCCACCAGACUCUAUGUGGAAGUCAUGCUUUCCUGCCCCUUGUUUAAGGAUUAUAUGUGUAAGGAUGAUUUUAAGACCAGCAAAGGAGGGGCUUGCUGUUUUCCAGAAUUGCGUGUUGGUGUAUUUGAAGAAAUUGUGCCCAUGGGGAUCAGUCCCAAUAAGAUCUCCUACAAGAAGCCUGGAAUCCAUUUAUCCCCAGGUGAAUUUCAUAAAGAAGUAGAAAAGUUUUUGUCUCAGGCAAAUGAAGAACAAAGUGAUACUAUCCUACUGGACUGCAGAAACUUCUAUGAAAGCAAAAUAGGACGAUUCCAGGGCUGCUUAGCCCCAGACAUCAGGAAAUUCAGUUACUUCCCUAGCUACAUCGACAAAAACCUAGAACUUUUCAGAGAGAAGAAGGUGCUGAUGUACUGCACCGGGGGCAUCCGCUGUGAGCGGGGUUCAGCCUACCUCAAAGCCAAGGGAGUGUGCAAGGAAGUGUUCCAGCUCAAGGGUGGCAUCCACAAGUACCUGGAGGAGUUUCCCGAUGGUUUCUACAAAGGGAAGUUGUUUGUUUUUGAUGAGCGUUAUGCCUUAUCCUACAACAGUGAUAUAGUCUCAGAAUGUUCAUACUGUGGAGCCCCAUGGGACCAGUACAAACUCUGCUCCACUCCCCAGUGCCGCCAGCUCAUCUUGGCCUGCCCUGCUUGCCAACGACAAGGAUUCACAGCCUGUUGUGUCACAUGUCAAGACAAAGGGAGGAGGCUGGCUUUGAGUCGCACCCAGAGCAGCUUUAAAGAGGAAUGUGAGUGCACAGCCCGACGGGCACGCAUACCCAGCGAACUGCCGCAGCAGGUGCGGCUCCCCGUGAGCCCCAGGCUGAGGCCGGGUGUUGGUGGGGACGGGCCAUGCUCAUGUGAGCGGCAGCAGCAGGAUUUCCCUAGGCCUUCACAAAGCUAGUUCACGGUGACCACACACUGGAGAGUGUCAGAGCUGCAGCAACAGAAACUUGAACUUGAAUGCUGGCAAUGCCAGCAUCGUAAACUGGGUACGAUAUUGGCCACCUGAACUUCAGAGGGGCCAGGAAGAGGGAGUUGGGUGCUGACCACUUACCUGAGACAUUUGACUCAGAAGAUGCCAGAGCACAGAAAAAAGGUGAGCUGUGUCGG